AUGCUCAAGUUCGGCGAGAAGCUCGCAGGAGCAAGAGGCUUCGGUACAAAAGUCCCUCGAUCGUCCCAGGCCCGGCCGCCGACUCCUAGCCGGAAGACUACUACAACUGAGCCAAAGAGCUCACCUCUGGUUCGCCCACCUCAUUCUCCUCGUGUCGGUCCGUCAUCACCAACCCCUCCGACUACUAUCAAGCGGUCGUUGUCGUCUUCUCGCUCCCCUUCUCCCAGAAGAUUCAAGGUCGAGAGCCCUCCGGCUGCCUGUACCUCCGUCUCUGCAUCUCCCACCACCAACAACGACAACACAAAAUGUGACUCUGCCGUGGAGCAGUCACUUCCUGUCGUGCUCGCUCCUGUGCGAAAAUGGCGUUUGGUGGAUUACUCGGACUCCAAUGACGAGUAG